UAUUUUGCCAUAAAUAAAUAACACCAACUGCCGCAACAUGAUAUUCCUGAUGACAGUGAUCAAAGUGCUGCUAAUAGCCUUAAAUAUAUUUCCCAGCCGCUUUACAAAUCGCAAGGUGAUGUUUGUCAUUUAUCUGACGAAUUUGGUGACACAUGUUAUGAUGAACGAGCCACGUUUUGCCCAACCAAUACCGAAUGUUACUGUGGCUGUGGGACGUGAUGCCAAUUUACCAUGCGUCGUUGAACACCUGGGUGGUUAUAAGGUUGCCUGGAUACACAUUGAUAGACAAAUGAUUUUGACAAUACAUCGACAUGUCAUCUCAAGAAUACCACGUUACAGCAUCACUUACGACAAUGCAAACACUUGGCUGUUGCAUGUGAAUCAGGCCCAUCAAGACGAUCGUGGCUACUACAUGUGUCAAGUGAACACGAAUCCCAUGAUAAGUCAAGUGGGUUAUUUGCAAGUAGUUGUGCCACCAAAUAUAUUGGACAUUGAGAGUACACCCUCAUCGGUGGCUGUUAGAGAAAAUCAAAACAUUAAUAUGACCUGCAGGGCUGAUGGCUUUCCAGCUCCCAAAAUCAUAUGGCGCCGAGAAGAUGGUGAAGAAAUUGCAGUCGAAAAGAAAAAGAAAGUGUUGGUGUAUGAUGGUGAAGUGUUGCCAUUGACCAAAGUGAGCCGGAAUGAGAUGGGUGCCUAUCUGUGUAUUGCCACCAAUGGAGUACCACCUUCAGUAUCAAAGCGUAUAAUACUUGAUGUUGAGUUUUCGCCCAUGAUUUGGGUGCCAAAUCAACUUGUUGGAGCACCGGCUGGCACUGAUGUAACCAUCGAUUGUCACACAGAAGCCCAUCCCAAAGCUAUAAUUUAUUGGGUUUAUAACUCAGUUAUGGUGUUGCCCAGUAAAAAAUACAAAACGGAUUACACUGAAAACUCCUACAGGGCUCAUAUGAAGCUGACCAUAAGAAAUUUACAAUAUGGUGACUUUGGCAAUUAUAGAUGCAUUUCGAAGAAUUCAUUGGGUGAAACAGAGGGAUCAAUACGAGUUUAUGAAAUUCCUUUGCCAUCGACACCUUCAAAACAGGUCACCCAUUCGACCAUCGAUACUAGAGAAAACAACAUUAUACCCAUACGCAACGAGUCCAGUAGAUCCUUACAAACUGAUGUCCACUCAAUGAAAAAUGAACUACUGGGCAGUGGAACUUCCUCGUCAGCGUCUUCAUCGUCGUCAUCUUCUCUCUCUUCGUCACACAGUGCAACAUCAUCGAUAUCAUCGAUUUCGGGCAACAGUAUACCAGGUUUUAGUUCAUCUGGUAAUGCUAUAGAGCGGAAGGGUUCUUUGGCGAUAGGGAAGAGUAUGUUUUAUACCGAACAUCCUCCAAAUCAUUUGGCCGAUACAGCAGCCCUAUCAUCAAAACCAACGAAUGCUUUAAUCUUAUGUGCACAUUUACUAGUAUUUCUACUAUUGAGAUGUCGAGCGUAA